AGUGAUAAACAUAAACAUAGCUCUAGUUCAUCUUCUGACAAGCAUAGAGAUAAAGACAAAGAGCGGUCUAAAGAUGGGAGUCAUAAAAGCUCUUCUUCAUCAGAUAGACACAAAGAUAGCUCUUCUAAAGAUAAACAUCGUAGCAAGGACAAGGACCGUCACAAGGAUAGUUCAAGUUCUAAGGAUAAAGAUCGACAUCGCGAGGAUAAAGAUCGACAUCGAGAUGAUAAAGACAAGUUGAAGGAGAAGAAAGAUUCGUCCGAGAUUAAAGUUAAGGAAGAAAAAAAGGAUUCUCCUGUCAAAAUAAAAGAAGAAAAAGUACAAGCUAGUCCUGUGAAGAUGAAACCUGAUAGUUCUCCAAUCAAAUCACCUAAAGUUAAAAAAGAAGAUAAAGCAAGUAAAAAAAGGAAAAGUUUAGAGUCUGAAGAUGAGGAUUUUAAACCAGUUAGUAAAGCUAAGAAGGCCAAGAAAGAGGUGAAGAAAGAAAAGAAAGGAUCAGAUAAGAAAGGUUCAGCAAGCUCAGGUACAGAAUCAUCUCCCAAGAAAAGAGUCAAAAAAGAAAAGGAAGAAGAAAGAGAAGUUUGGAAGUGGUGGGAAGAAGAAAAGAAAGAUGAUGGUGUCAAAUGGAAGACAUUAGAACAUAAAGGACCAGUAUUUGCCCCUCCAUAUGAACCUCUACCAGAUAAUGUUAAAUUUUAUUAUGAUGGUAAACAGAUGAAAUUAGCAGAAGAAACAGAAGAAGUUGCCACAUUUUAUGGUAAAAUGUUGGACCAUGACUAUACUACUAAAGAUGCUUUUAACACCAAUUUCUUUAGAGAUUGGAAAAAGGUUAUGACUAAGGCGGAGAAAGAAGUUAUUACUGAUUUAAAGAAAUGUAAUUUUAAAGAAAUUUGUGAAUAUUUUAAAAUGAAAUCAGAGGAAAGGAAGGCCAUGAGUAAAGAUCAGAAAAAGGAAAUAAAAGAGGCCAAUGAAGCAAUCACUAAAGAAUAUGGUUUCUGUAUUAUUGAUGGACAUAAAGAAAAGAUUGGUAAUUUCCGUAUUGAACCUCCUGGUUUAUUCCGAGGUCGUGGAGAACAUCCUAAACAAGGCAUGUUGAAACGACGUGUUCAAGCCGAAGAUAUUAUUAUUAAUUGUGGAAAAGAUUCUGAGAUUCCUGAAGCACCAAAGGGUCAUAAAUGGAAAGAAGUUAGACAUGACAAUCAGGUGACAUGGUUAGCUAGUUGGAAUGAAAAUAUUCAGGGACAAACUAAAUAUAUUAUGUUAAAUGCAGCAUCAAAACUCAAGGGAGAAAAAGAUUGGGCAAAGUAUGAGGUGGCUAGAAAACUACAUAAAUGUGUUGAUAAGAUCCGUGCCAAUUAUCAUGAAGAUUUUAAAUCUAAAGAAAUGAGAAUUCGACAGAGAGCUGUAGCUUUAUACUUUAUUGAUAAGUUGGCAUUAAGAGCUGGUAACGAGAAAGAAGAAGGUGAAACAGCUGAUACUGUAGGUUGUUGUUCUCUAAGAGUUGAACAUACCAAACUAUAUGAAGAAAAAGAUAGUAAACCUUACGUUGUUGAGUUUGAUUUCCUGGGUAAAGAUUCCAUCAGAUAUACUAAUGCUAUACCAGUAGAAAAACGUGUGUUUAAAAACCUUGAGUUGUUUACACAAAAUAAACAACCAUCAGAUGAUCUCUUUGAUAGACUCAAUACAACCAUAUUGAAUAAACAUUUACAUGAUUUAAUGGAAGGAUUAACAGCUAAAGUUUUUAGGACAUAUAAUGCAUCCAGAACAUUACAGGAACAACUCAAUCUACUUACUGACCCUGAUGAUCCUGUAGCCUCGAAGAUUCUCUCUUACAACAGAGCCAACAGAGCUGUAGCUGUACUAUGUAACCAUCAACGGGCUGUACCCAAGACAUUUGCUAAGUCAAUGCAGAACAUGAUGACUAAGAUUGAGGAUAAGAAGAAAACAAUACAAGAAGCUAAGAGAAAUGUUAAAGAUGCUAAAGUUGAUUAUAAACAGAGUAAAUCAGAAAAAAACAGAAGUAACCUUGAUAGAAAGAAGAAAAUAUUAGAAAGAUUAGAAGAACAACUACAGAAAUUGGAAGUUGCUGCCACUGAUAGAGAUGAAAAUAAAGAUAUUGCCUUGGGUACGUCCAAAUUGAAUUAUUUAGAUCCUAGAAUUUCCGUAGCCUGGUGUAAGAAGUUUGAUGUACCAAUUGAGAAGAUCUAUAAUAAAACUCAACGAGAAAAGUUCCGAUGGGCUAUUGAUAUGGCUACAGCUGAAUUUCAAUUUUAACACUGGCUUGUGAUAGAACUAUCAUUUUACCUGUGAAAUAAAUUAAGUGCUAAGAAUAUAUUAUCAAUCAUCCUUGCCAUGUAACUAUCACCCAUAUUAACUAGCCCACCCAAUAACUUUUUAUCAUUAUUUUAUGUCAUUCAAUAUAACUUACUGGCCUUUCUAGUCCACUAUGUCUAGUAUAUUAAUAUAUUACUGUUUGAGAUUUUCUUUAGAAUGUACCCACUUACAAAAUUAGCAAUCUAAAUGUAAGGUUUUAUUAUGAGCAUUCGCAUGUUUUAUACAAACUAAGUAUUUGAUAAGGGAUUGAAGUAAACAAUAUUCUUGAGUAUUGUUCCUUUAACAUGACUGUCUCAAUAUAUAUUUUUGUAUGGUAUGAUCCAGAGUGCUGUUAAACCUACACAAACUAUAUAAUAACACCAUCCAUUGUGCUGUUUCUAGCAAUUUUUACUGCAAUAGGGAAGAAAGUGACUUAUUCAUUUUGAAAAGUACUACAGAUAGAUAGUGUAUGUUGGCUUGAAGAAUUUUUGCAUGCGCCUCCCACUUGUCCAAUUUCCAUGCCUUUUUGUGAAUGAGAUGCAUGAUUUCUACUUAAAUUAUGUUUACAGCUGAUAUUUCUUUA